GAAAGCAUUUGCGGUACUGGCGGACGAUUAAACAAGAUAUAUAGAGCAGAAAAAUAAUAAUAAUGAAAAAUUUCCAGGAGAAACAAUCUAUCUACUAGUUGACGAGCAGUAGGAGGAGAGCUCCUUUGGGUUUUGUUUGUUUUGAAAAAGCAAAUGGAAGGAGAAAGGGGAGUCCCUAAUUACAUGCUACAAGUUUCAUUCUCAAGUAGUACUCCACCACCACAAGCGAUCCAUGAAACAGGGUUUCUGCAAUUUGAAGAAAACCAGGUUAUGAGUUUCUUGUCUCCCUCUCAGCCUCUCACUACCUCUCCUGUUAGUAACACCACCAAUUCCACCACCGCCUUGAGGUUCAUCACCCAUAACGACCAGGUAGGGACCUUAGAUCCCAUUCCCAAAGCUGUACACGAUGAGAACUGCGGCAGUAACGUCAAGGAUGGAAAUAAUAAUUCAUGGUGGAGGAGCUCAGCCUUAGAGAAGAACAAAGUGAAGGUUAGGAGAAAGCUUAGAGAACCAAGGUUUUGUUUCCAAACGAGAAGUGAUGUGGACGUGCUAGACGAUGGGUAUAAGUGGAGAAAAUAUGGGCAGAAGGUUGUCAAGAACAGCCUUCAUCCAAGAAGCUAUUAUCGUUGUACGCACAACAACUGUAGAGUGAAGAAGAGAGUUGAACGAUUGUCUGAGGAUUGUCGAAUGGUGAUAACAACUUACGAAGGCUACGAUUUACUUCUGGGAUCUAUUGCCGCGUUUUAUGUGCUCAUGGUGCCCUACACUAAAGUUGAAGAAAGCUUCAACAUUCAGGCUAUGCAUGAUAUUCUUUAUCAUCGACAUCACUUAGAUAAUUAUGAUCAUUUGGAGUUUCCUGGUGUUGUUCCUCGCACUUUUAUCGGGGCUUUCCUUGUGUCAAUUUUCUCAUCUCCAAUUGUCUUAGCAGUGCAACUGCUGCAUUUGCCAAAGAUUUAUAGCCUUAUAAUUGUACGUUUGGCAUUGGGUUGCAUCAUACUAUCUACAUUACGUUUUCUGCGUAUUCAGGUCAGAAACAAGUUUGGACAUCAAGUUGAAGCAUUCUUUGUAAUAUUCACUGCAAUUCAGUUUCACUUGCUAUUCUAUUGCUCUCGUGCACUUCCAAAUAUACUAGCUAUGGGUGUAGUAAAUUUGGCGUAUGGGCAUUGGUUGAAAGGGAAUUUUUAUACCGCUUUAAACUAUCUGGUCUUCGCUACAACCAUCUUUAGAUGUGAUAUAGUCUUGCUUCUUUGUCCUCUUGGCCUGGAGCUUUUGUUGACCAAGUCAAUUUCAUUUUGGAGAGCAUUUAAGUGCUGCACUGUGACCACUCUUUUGUGUAUAGGUCUCACUGUGUUGGUUGAUUCAAUCAUGUGGAAGAGGUUUCUUUGGCCUGAAUUUGAAGUGUUUUGGUUUAACUCUGUUCUUAAUCGAAGUUCUGAAUGGGGCACGCAUUCCAUUCACUGGUAUUUUACUUCUGCACUCCCUCGUUCAUUACUCACUGCAUAUCCACUUUUUAUGCUUGGGGUCUUACUUGACAGAAGGCUUCUUCCUCUGGUUUUACCAGCACUUUCCUUUGUUGUACUUUACUCUAAGCUUCCACACAAGGAGCUCCGUUUUAUUAUCAGCUCAGUUCCAAUCUUUAACUUAUCUGCUGCAGUUGCAGCAAGCAGAAUCUACAACAACAGGAAGAAGAGUUUCUGGAAAUUUCUCAAUUUAGUCAUGCUGGGAUUACUUUUAAUCAGUCUAGGGUGCACAAUCAUUACUUUCAUGGCAUCCUAUGAGAACUAUCCCAGUGGACGUGCACUAAAAGAGUUGCAUCAGAUUGGCCAUCUUGCUAACAAGUCCAAUGAACUCUGGGUUCACAUUGAUCCAUUUUCAGCCAUGAAUGGAAUAUCCCUUUUCUGUGAAAAUGAGAUGCCAUGGAGAUACUCAAAAGAAGAAGAGAUUACCCUUGAGGAAUUUGGCCAGAGAAAUUUCACCUAUCUUAUAAAUGAGCAUCGCACUAUUGAUGGGUACAAGUGUUUAUUUUAUGUGAAUGGCUUCUCGAGACUACGUAGACAAUCUGGGUUCCCACCUAUCAUCCUGGAUAAAGAGCCCAAAGUGUACAUUCAUGGAAAUAUAAGAAAUGAAGAGCUUAUGCUUAAACCUUGGCCAGGAUGCUCUUAAACUAACUGAAUUUUGUACUCGCUAAGUUGCUCUGAAGAUUUAGCCCAUGAAAAGGCAGUUAGUUAAAUCUUUGUUCAUUUUUGUGAGAGAUGGGCAAGACAGCCGAAGGUACGAAAUGGCUAUUGCUACAAAUGCUUGUACCCAACUGUGAUUUUAUAAGCCAAGUUAACAUUUCCGAGUUCGAAUAGAGUUCAGUUGAAGGUAGCAGAAGUUAGGUUGCUCGUCGUAUAUGUAAACCAACUCCCUUUAUCUAAUUCACAUCCGACUGUAAUUUUAUAAGCCAAAUCCCCUACAGUUAAUAAAAUGUUAUACAAGUAGAUAUGCUGUUAAGAAAAGUA